CCAUCUGCGUAUACAGUGUUCUUCCGCGACUUGUCGGGACGACGGCGACGAUGGAUGCGUACAAGGCGAUGGGGAAUGAAGCCGAGGCGGACGAGCCUUUCCUCCCUGGAAGCAACCACAUGUCUUUCGAGAGCAAGGAUCAAGUGCCGGCUGCGCUCUUCCUCGCAAAUGUCGCCGCAGUCACGUACCUGGCGGUUGCAUGGGGCGUUCCAAACCUGUCCAAGUUUGACUUUACACCGCAUAAGUCAGGACACGAUGACGGUCGAUCCCAAGGCAUGAGUUUCUUUCUCGUGUCGUUGUCCAUGGGGGCCGUCAGUGCAGUUCUCUCGGCAGCGUGGCUCCAAGUACUUCAGCUGUAUGCGUCGCGUAUCAUCUCGAUGACAGUGCAAGCGUCCGCGGGGGCUCUUCUAGUGGCGUCCAUUGCAGGAUUUACCGAAGCAGGUCUUGCUGGGCGCGCGAUUGGGUUUGCCAACCUCUUCCUGGCCGCGAUGGUGACCAUGUACUAUUUCAGCGUGCGCCACCGUAUUCCAUUUGCAGCAACCAACUUGACUGUUGCCGCGAAGAUUCUCCAGCGGUUCCCUCAGGUGGUGCUCGUCGCAUACGCCGCAAUUGCCGCCCAAGUCGCAUGGAUGCUGCUGUGGACCGUCGCCGUAGUGGGCGUCUGGUCCAAGGUCGACAUCACGCCGUCGACCUCCACCCUCAACGUCGCCGUAUUCGUCAUGCUUGUGAGCCUGUGCUGGGGGCUCCAAGUCCUGCGCAACAUCGUGCACUGCACGACGGCCGGCACGAUCGGCGAGUGGUGGUUUUCCCCCGACACACACAACGCGGUGCUCCGAUCGGGGCGGCGCGCGGUCACGUCGUCGUUCGGGUCCAUUUGCCUGGGAUCGCUCAUCGUGGCCGCGUUGUCGGCGCUGCGCCUCGUCCUCCUCACGACCAAGCGCCGCAAGUCGCGCACGACCGUGAACGCGUGUUUGGAGUGCAUCGUCGGCGCGCUCGAGACGCACUUGAAGGCGUUUAACAAGUACGCGUACUGCCAGGUCGCGCUCUACGGCAAAGACUUUCGAACGGCGGGCAACGACACGCUCCAGUUGUUUCGAGAAAAGGGGUGGACAGGUGUCGUUCAAGAGAGCUUGGUCUCGAUGGUGCUCUCGAUGGGGUGCCUUGUCGUCGGCGCGGUGGCGGGCGUGGUCGGCGUCGGGUACCUCUACGUGGCGAUGGCGUGCUCCGACGUGGAAGGAGCGUCGCAUGCGCCGGCGCAAUGUGACACGUUUAGCGUGAUGAUCACUGCGUUCGUCGCGUGCGGUGCCAUGGGGUAUGCCAUGUGCGCAGUCGUGAGUUCGAUUCUCGACUCGAUCGUGGCGACGAUUUUUGUCUGCUUUGCCGAGGACCCGGUCGCGCUGCACAUUUCCAACUCGGAAGAGUACUUGCUCAUCGUGGAUGCGUGGCGCCAAUUUCACCCCGAGUUGCUGACGCACUCGACGUUCUCGACCUCUGUGUCGUACGCAUGAGUCGGGCCAUACGUUGGUCGCGGGAGACCGCUCGUCGUCUACACACCAAUAUAUUUCCAACACUUUAUGCCGA